AUGCGGACCUGUGAGAAGAAAUUUACAAUUCUCGAGCUGAUAGGAGCAGUUGUGGGGACAUUCACUGCAACUAUACUGCUCUUUCUCAUUGGCUACAUCCUCCUAUACAUGCGUCAUCGACAGCAGUAUCCGAAGAGUCCGUCAAAGACUGUCUACCCACUGGUGACGAGUACAGGGCUGCCGAAAUUUCCAGACUACCAAGUGCUCGAAUCCAGCCCACAACAUCCAAUUCAGGGUCCUCUGGAGGCAAUUGGAAAUCAUUCUUGUGAUCUAGCAACAGAGAAACGUCAUCUGAUGGUAAAGACAGAGUGGACAGAUGCAAGGCGUGGUCCUGAGGCCCGAACAAGUAGCUCUGUCUAUUCAGAAUGCCCCACCUAUGACCUUCCGUCCAAUCACAUGGCAGCCACACCAUUGCCUCCUCUUCCACCCGAGCCCCCUCCACCAUCGCCACCUUCAAAGACGAGUCAGUUUGGAACAGUGGGUGGAGUGCCUAUUGUCUAUCCACAACCUCAUUUCCUUGAUCCUGCAACAGCGGCAGCAGCAGCAGCU